AUGACCCUUCUGAAGGAGGCCAAGAAGGAGCAGGCCGGGGAAGAGGCCGCUGGGUCUUCCCUGCGGCACCUGGGGUGGGCCACCCUGCAGCACACGUCCGCCCACGGCCUUCCCAACAUCUUCCGCUCGCAGCACUGGCUCCGCAAGGUACUCUGGUCCCUCUUCGCCUCCUUCGCCUUCUGCUGUGCCCUGUGGCAGUGCACAGAGAUCAUCCUCACCUACUACUCCUAUCCCUCCCACGAGAAGAUCAUGCUCGUCUCCAACGCCAAGCUCAAGUUCCCCGCCGUGACCAUCUGCAACCUCAACAGCGUCCGCCUCUCGGCCGUCAACAAGAGUUUCGCCACCUUCGCCUCGCUGCAGGACUCCGGCCUGGAGCUGGCCCACCGGCGGAACCGCUCUCCGUCCUGGGACACCUCUUCCCCCGACCUCCCCACCGAGCACGUGCAGUAUGCCGGCGCCUUCCACAAAUUCGCCUCCGAGUUCAACCAGCUGUCCGACGAGCAGAAGAUCCAGAUGGGCCACCAGCUGGAGGACAUGCUCAUCUUCUGUAACUUCCACGGGCAGAAAUGCAACUCAAGCUCCUUCUCCGGCUUCAUCAACUACAAGUUCGGGAACUGUUACACUUUCAACUCCCAGAAGUCGGGGGACAUCCGGGGGUCGCCCAUCGCCCCGGAGGUUCUGAACGUCACCAAGGCCGGAUUCAUGUAUGGGCUGCACUUGGAGCUGUUUAUCCAGCAGAUCGAGUACGUGAGAGACAUGACCCACGCGGCCGGGAUCCGCCUCCUCAUCCACGACCAGGCCCAGAUGCCCUUCCCCGAGGACGAGGGCGUCAACAUCCCCCCCGGGGCCGAGACCGACAUUGGCAUGAUGAAGGUUCACAUCAAGAGGCUGAAAUCCCCAUAUGGGAACCACUGCACGGAGGGCGAAGACAUCAAGAACUUUUACCGGGACGUCUACGGCGCGGGCUACACCCGGGAGGCCUGCAAGAGGACGUGUGCCCAGCAGAGCAUUAUGGAGAACUGUGACUGCAGCCACUGGGAAUUUCCCUCGCCCAAGGAACUGGGAUACCCCAAAUGCAACCUCAGCAUGGCGGGAGUCCGUGAAUGUGUCAAGUUUUACGAGUUCAGGUUUGCCCACGACAUGCUGAAUUGCCAAUGCCCCUUGCAGUGCAAGGAGGAACUGUACGAGCUGACCGUGUCUGGAUCGCAGUGGCCUUCCACGGCCUUCAUCGAGAACUUUUCCAAGGAUCUGAAGGAGAUGGGGGGCCAGAUGAGCAUCAUCGCCAACGAUCCCGCCCUCAUCAGGGAUAACUUUGUGAAGGUCGUGGUUUACUUCAAGCAACUGAAUUACGAGCUGAUCGAAGAGGAGCCGUCCAUCACGGAAAUCGACCUCAUCUCCAACAUGGGGGGCCUGGUGGGCCUGUGGGUGGGCUUCUCCGUCUGCACCCUGGCCGAGUUCUUCGAGCUGCUCGUCGACGUCCUGCUGUUCUCGCUCAGCCGCUGCCGGAAGAUGCUGACCCAAAGGGCCUUGCGGGGGUCCUACCGGGACAAGCAGCCCCCCAUCUACAUCGGCUACGGGACCCCCGGCCUCUGA